AUGGUUCUUGAGCAUGCUGCCAGAGGUCAGGACCAGGUAGCUACAGCCACGGUUGAGUCUGUUAGUGAGGCAGCUCGGUUCACCUCACUUGCCCGCACGCGUCUGGAGGCCUAUCUGCGAUUACAAGACAACAACGAUGCUCUGAUGCGAGAACGGGACCAAAUACGGCAGAGGUCCUUAGUGGACGGGUAUGGAGACUACCUCGGCCGCCUCCUUCGGUACAUUCGGUCUGAGCUCCGACGGGAUGUUGCGAGUGUGGCCUGCCCUACAGACAUCACGAACGCUACCACACCUCAUGACCUUUUUACAAAAGGCAACUGGGGCAAGAUCUCGGAGUUGGUGGACAGUCAAGAACGCGCGUCCAUGAUGUGGGAGCUCGAUCCCAGCGAGGACAAGGGCGCAUGCCCCGGCAAAGCCAUGGUGCUGUACUUGACCAACGUGGCAUGGCAGUUCGGGCAGAUUUCCGAUCCUCCUCUGCGCGGAGAGCAGCUUGAGUUCAUUGUACGGUCGUAUGGGCAAAGGUGUGAAAGAGCGCACACCGACCUACAGUCCCUCCUCAAGAAGCGAGAUUGGGAAGGCUUGCACAACAUGCUUUGGGCAGCGGACGGCGCCAUCGACGGGGCCUUUCGAAGGGGCGCGGAGGACGAUGCACGAGUUGCCUUACACUACGCGGUGAAGUUUUCCUACGACUUUUACCUAGCCAUGAGAGGGUCCAACGUCUUACCAACAUAG